GGAUUCUAACAGGAUGCUUACAACUUAUGAUACGAGAAAAGGGCAUUUUUGAGGUAUUAUAAACUUGAUAUCAGCCAUUAAUGCAUUCUUCUAGUAUUAUAUAACUUUACUGGUUUACUGACUCCCGUAACAAAAGAGGGUUAUUCAUCGCAAGAACAAAGCUACAAGAUGUUGCGGAUUAGUUUGACCGUCAUUGUAGUAAUUGUACUGAUCGGAAUAUCUUACGGCAGAGAACAAUACGGAGAUUACUGUGAGAAGUUUGGUCUAGGUGAAAUACAACCUCCCAUAUUCAAUGGAGAAAGGUUUUGUCUGAGUGAUAGAGAUUACAAGUAUUGCAGGAGCUACAACUGUCCAACUCCAGAUUGUCUUCACCCAUUGACACCUGCUACUGGAGUGUGUCGGUAUUGUGAAGGUAAAUGUAGCUACGGUGGAACAAUGUACAAUAUUGGUGGAUUUUCAAUCAAAUGUCUGGAUGGAUCAAACUUGUGUGCAUGUAGUAGAAACAAUCGGAUUCUCAAAACACGUACCGCAGCUUAUCCAAGAGAUAUGUGCUUUAAAAAAACAUGAAUAAGUACAUAUGAAUUUGUGUGUUUGAAACUGUAAUUGAAAUAUUUAAGAUACACACUUAUUACUUUCGUCAAACGAUCGAAUAAAUAUAUGUAUAGUCACUUAAGAUAAAUGAAAAUGUAUUGAAAUAAUUAUUAAAUAUACUAAAAAUCA